AUGUAGUUUAUACUUCUUUAAGACCAAUUUUACUUCAUUUUAUUUCAAAAAGAACAAAAAUGCUAUCCCUUCUCUCCAUUUCAAUUAAAUAAUUGCUUUGGGUAAACAAUUUAUUAUUAUUUUAGAUUAAGGCAACUGUUGAUCUUGAAAAAAGAAAUAUAAGAUCUAUGCAAACAAUAUAAUCACUAUUGA